AUUUAUUUUAAUUGGCCAAAUAAAUCCUGAAUCCGUCCAUGCUCGAAUGGCUUCUUCAUCCCUUCUCACCAUUUUUUUUAAUAAAAAUUUCUUGUAAACCUUCAAAUAGCCACUAGGCACUAGCCGCUAGGCACCGCAACAAUUCUCGGUAACUAGAAUUUUGUCGAAAAAAUGGCCGUCUCCUUUGACGGCAACGUUUUAGCAGCCAAAUCCCUUGCACGUUUCGGCGUUACCCACAUGUUCGGCGUCGUAGGCAUCCCCGUUACGUCCCUCGCCAACCGUGCCGUCCAAUUUGGUGUCCGUUUCAUCGCUUUCCAUAACGAACAAUCUGCCGGUUACGCGGCUUCCGUUUAUGGCUACCUCACGGGCUGUCCCGGUCUUCUCUUGACCGUUUCUGGGCCGGGUUGUGUCCAUGGGCUGGCGGGUUUGUCCAAUGCUAUGAUCAACACCUGGCCCAUGGUCAUGGUCUCGGGCUCCUCCGACCAAAAGGAUUCCGGCCGUGGAGAUUUCCAGGAGCUUGAUCAGAUCGAAGCUGUGAAACCCUUUUCGAAAUUCUCAGUUAAAGCAAAAGAUAUUAAAGAAAUUCCCAAUUGUGUUGCUAGGGUUUUGGAUCAUGCGGUUUCGGGUCGACCCGGUGGGUGUUAUUUGGAUUUACCAACUGAUGUUUUACAUCAAACAAUAACUGAAUCUGAAGCUGAAAAUUUGUUGGCUGAAGCUGAGAAAGCACGAAUUUUUGAAGAAUCUAUAGUUCCGGCCAAUACAGAGAUCGAAAAGGCGGUUGCUUUGUUAAGGAAGGCGGAGAGGCCGUUGAUUGUGUUUGGGAAAGGCGCAGGUUAUGGGAGAGCUGAAGGAGAAUUGAGGAAGUUGGUUGAAAAGACGGGAAUACCCUUUUUGCCAACGCCAAUGGGGAAAGGAUUGGUGAAUGAUGAUCAUGAGUUGGCUGCGAGUGCUGCAAGGUCACUUGCUAUUGGGAAAUGUGAUGUUGCAUUGGUUGUUGGGGCAAGGCUUAAUUGGUUAUUGCAUUUUGGGGAGAGUCCUAAGUGGGAUAAAGAUGUGAAAUUCAUUUUGGUGGAUGUUUGUGGAGAAGAGAUUAAGUUGAGGAAACCACAUUUGGGUUUGGUUGGGGAUGCUAAGAAGGUGUUGGAGAUGAUUAAUAAGGAGAUUAAAGAUGACCCUUUUUGUUUGGGAAAGUCUCAUCCUUGGGUUGAGGCUGUUUCAAAGAAGGUGAAGGAUAAUGUGUCCAGGAUGGAGGCUCAGUUGGCGAAAGAUGUUGUGCCUUUCAAUUUUUUGACUCCUAUGAGGAUUAUAAGAGAUGCUAUUUUGGGGUUGGGUAGUCCUGCUCCGGUGGUGGUUUCUGAAGGGGCGAAUACUAUGGAUGUUGGAAGGUCUGUGCUGGUUCAGACUGAGCCUAGGACUAGGUUGGAUGCAGGGACUUGGGGGACAAUGGGAGUUGGUUUAGGCUAUUGCAUUGCAGCUGCUGUGGCUAAUCCUAAGCGGCUUGUAGUUGCAGUCGAAGGGGACUCUGCAUUUGGGUUCAGUGCAAUGGAAGUUGAGACAUUGGUUCGAUACAUGUUACCUGUGGUUGUUAUAGUCUUUAACAAUGGUGGUAUAUAUGGUGGAGACCGGAGGAGCCCUGAAGAAGUUGCUGGCCCUUUCGAAGAUGAUCCUGCCCCCACUUCCUUUGUUCCUGGUGCUGCUUAUCACACUUUAAUGGAAGCUUUUGGGGGAAAGGGUUACCUUGUUGGGACUCCUGAUGAAUUGAAGUCUGCUCUUUCUGACUCUUUUUUUGCAAGGAAGCCAGCUGUAAUAAAUGUGAUAAUUGAUCCUUUUGCUGGAGCUGAAAAAGGGAGAUUGCAGCACAAGAACUGAGUAAGACACAUGCAGGGGGUCCUAUUCACUACACGGAUUCGUAGUUCCUCUGAACUUUGGGUUGAAAUGCAGUCUUUUGCACUUCUUGCUUUUGCCGUGAAAAUUGAGACGGGUUUUAUGAAAAUUCCCAUUUCAAGAAUUUCGAGGUGUGGUUUUGACCAUUUAUCUUUUAGAAAGAUCCUCUAGCUUCCUCUCGUAGGCUGAUGUAAGAACAGAGGUGGCGGAUCGUGGUUACUGAUUUUGAAGA